CUGAAAGGGCUGACUUUUCUUCUGUUUACUCGCUGCGCGUCUCUCUCCUUCACUUCCUGUUGCGAGGUGCCACCAGAAGACGAGAACAUGUUUCUCCUCGGACUGAUGUUGCCGUGUCUCUUCCCAGGUCUUCUCUCAGCUCGGGUGCUGGUGAAGUCGGGGCAGCCUCUGUCUGUCCGGUGCCACUACGACCCCUCCCUCCGCUCGCUGGUCAAGUUGUGGUGUCGGCAGAUCUCGGCCACCGAGUGCUCCAUCGUGGGCUCCACGGACCCGUCACGCACCCCAGGGCAGGUCUCGGCGUGGGACUACAUGGCCAGCAGCUACGUCAUUUUCACCAUGACGGGCCUGGGACCCGACGACUCAGCCGUCUACUUCUGCGCAGUCCAGAGGCAGGACCGGGAGGUGGUCCUGGUGGGGACGCUGGAGGUGCAGGUGUCUACCGGUAUGAUCUCCAACUCCAUCUCGACGACCAUGACAACAACUGUCAGAAAAACCUCAUCCAGAAGCACAAUCAUGAGCAUUGUGGACAAACAGCAAAUGAAGAAUUACAGACAACUGGAGCCACACGACCAUGAAAUGAACACAUACAGCGAACUGACUUUCAGCUCUCAGCUGAAUGUGUACGUGGAGAUUCUGUUGGUGUUUGUGACGGUGGUUACCAUCGUCAUCUGCGUAAAAGUGAUCGUUAGCUUCAGGAAAGCCAACGCCAUUUACCGGAGCAAAAUCCCCUUGGUGAUGUCCAGGAUGACCCGGCGCAAAGCCACGGAGAACGUAUACGCGCCAUCCCCCCGCCUGGCCACUGGGGGCAGCGACGCUGGACAGAGUCUGAUGAAUCACGCCAGCAGGGUCUGAGCAUGCCCAGAUGGUGCCAGUCUCCCCUGAUGCUCCAAAAGAGUUUCAGAUGCCGUCAUUGGGAUUCCAACAUCACCAUGAUAUUACUGCACAUUUUUUUCUUUCCUCCUCCUAAAAUUGUACAAUAUUUGA